AGCGGCGGGAGCCAGAGCGCUGGCGCCAGAGGAGGCGUGAGAGAAGGAGCCGAGGAGAAGGGAGCGUAGGUGAGGGAGGUCUGCACCGCUCACACGGAGCUCACGCUCAGGGGAACCAGGAGGAGUGGACUGAUGCCCAGCGAGAGGUCUCUCAAGGGAACACAUGCCUGGCAGCUGAAGUCUCAGGAUGGACAGCAAGGGGAGGAAGGGAGCCAAUGGGUCCUUCAAACGUUCCUCCAUCAAACGGAGCGCUUCUUCUGGAUCACAGAGGACUCAGAGGGUUUGGAUCGAGAAAACCUUCCAGAAGAGAGAAUGCAUCCAGAUCAUUCCGGGGAAAGACACCACCAGGUGCAGUUGCGGUCAGGUGGUUGCACAGCACACACCCAUACCAGGGUCCAAAGUGGACGGUGCCAAAGAGGACACGGGUCUGCUUGUCCAGCUGGACGUCCAACCUGCGGAGCGUUGGACUCCUCUCAAACACACCCAGGCCACGCCGACAGAUGCUUAUGGCGUCAUAGAGUUCCAGGAGGGCGGGCACAUCAACAAGGCCAUGUACAUCAGAGUCUCCUUCGACUCAAGACCGGACAACCUGCUGCACCUGAUGGUGAAGGACUGGCAGCUGGAGCUUCCCACUCUGCUCAUCUCUGUGCACGGAGGCCUACAGAACUUUGAGCUCCCUCCAAAGCUGAAACAGGUGUUCGGGAAGGGCCUGAUCAAAGCUGCUGUCACCACGGGUGCCUGGAUCUUCACUGGAGGAGUGAGCACCGGUGUGAUCCGCCAUGUUGGCGACGCUCUGAAGGAUCAUUCUUCAAAGUCCAGAGGAAAAGUCUGUGCUAUCGGGAUUGCACCCUGGGGCAUCGUCGAAAACAAGGAGGAUCUUAUCGGCAGAGAUGUAUCACGACCUUACCAGACGAUGUCCAACCCACUCAGCAAGCUGUCAGUUCUGAACAGCAGCCAUUCGCACUUCAUCUUGGCCGAUAACGGGACAAGCGGAAAGUAUGGUGCUGAAGUUCGCCUUCGCCGGCAGUUAGAAAAGCACAUCGCCCUGCAGAAGAUAAACACUCGUCUGGGUCAGGGUGUCCCGGUGGUGUGUCUGAUCCUGGAAGGGGGACCCAAUGUGAUCUCCAUCGUCCUGGAGAGUCUGAGGGAGGAGCCGCCAGUGCCAGUGGUGGUGUGUGACGGCAGUGGUCGCGCCUCCGACAUAAUUUCCUUUGCGCACAGAUACAGCGAAGAAGACGGAGUUCUCAGUGACAGCGUCAAAGAUCAGCUGCUUGUCACCAUCCAGAAGACGUUCAACUACAGUCGAAGUCAAGCGCAACAGAUCUUCCUGCUGCUGACAGAGUGCAUGAAGAAGAGAGCGCUGAUCACCGUCUUCAGGAUGGGCUCUGAGGGCCAGCAGGACAUUGAAAUGUCCAUCCUAACCGCUUUGCUCAAAGGUACGAAUGCGUCUGCCUCUGAUCAGUUGAGUCUGGCUCUGGCCUGGAACCGAGUGGACAUCGCUCGCAGUCAGAUCUUCGUCUAUGGACUCCACUGGCCUCCAGUCAGCAUCGCACUCACGGACCGGCCAAAGAGCCCCGCGGCGGCCCAGAGAGCAGCGGCGCCAGCAGGAGGGGCCAAAGGGAAGAACAGAGGGAAGAAAGGCAAAGGAGGAAAAACUAAACCAGAACCUCCGGAGGAGACUGACCCGCGAAAACUGGAGCUGCUCAGCUGGGUGAACUCACUGGAACAGGCCAUGAUGGACGCUCUGGUGUUGGACCGGGUCGACUUUGUAAAGCUUCUGAUCGAGAACGGCGUCAACAUCCAUCACUUCCUGACAAUUCCACGGCUGGAGGAACUCUACAACACGAAGUUGGGACCAGCCAACACGCUGCACUUCGUUGUCCGAGACGUGAAGAAGGGGAAUCUUCCUCCCGAUUAUCAGAUCACUCUGAUAGACAUCGGGCUGGUGCUGGAGUUCCUGAUGGGCGGAGCUUAUCGCUGCAAUUAUACCCGCAAAAGUUUCCGGACGCUCUACAACAACCUCUACGGCCUCAAAAGGCCAAAAGCCUUGAAACUUCUGGGAAUGGAGGAUGAUGAGCCGAGGCAGAAGGGGAAAGGCAAGAAGAACAAGAAGAAGGAAGAGGAAGUGGACAUCGAUGUGGAUGAUCCGGAGGUCAGCCGCUUCCAGUACCCCUUCCACGAGUUGAUGGUGUGGGCGGUGUUGAUGAAGCGGCAAAAGAUGGCGCUGUUCCUGUGGCAGCGUGGGGAGGAAGCAAUGGCUAAAGCACUGGUGGCAUGUAAGCUUUACAAGGCCAUGGCCCACGAGUCGUCGCAGAGUGAACUGGUGGACGACAUCUACCAGGACCUGGAGAACAACUCCAAGGAGUUUGGUCAGCUGGCAUAUGAGCUGCUGGAUCAGUCCUACAAACACGACGAGCAGGUUGCCAUGAAGCUCCUGACUUACGAGCUGAAGAACUGGAGCAACUCCACCUGCCUGAAGCUAGCAGUGGCGGCCAAACACCGGGACUUCAUCGCCCACACGUGCAGCCAGAUGUUGCUGACCGAUAUGUGGAUGGGAUGUCUGAGGAUGGGCAAGAGCAACAGCUUGAAGGUCAUAUUAGGAAUCAUCUUCCCUCCCGGUAUCCUUCUCAUGGACUUCCGUCUGGGGGACGAGUCGUCCUUCUAUUCCACUAAAGAGACAGAUGAAAGCAAAACCAAAGAUGAGGACAACAAAUCCAGCAAGGACACCGUCUCCAACGUGGACACCACAUCCAAGAAAGGGGAUGAAGAGGAGAACCCCAAAAAAGGGAGGAAGAGGGUUCCAAUCGGCAAGAAGAUCUACGAGUUCUACAACGCCCCCUUCACCAAGUUCUGGUUCAACACGAUCUCCUACCUGGUCUACCUCGGGCUGUACAACUACAUCAUCCUGGUGAAGAUGGAGCGCUGGCCGUCGCUGCAGGAGUGGAUCGUCAUCUCCUACAUCAUCACGUUGGGGCUGGAGAAGGUCCGGCAGAUCCUGAUGUCAGAACCUGGGAAGCUGAAGCAGAAGAUCAACGUUUGGCUGGAGGACUACUGGAACAUCACAGACUUGGUGGCCAUCUGGGUCUUCCUGCUCGGCCUGCUGCUGCGGCUCCAGAACCAUCCGUACCUGGGUUACGGCCGGGUCAUCUACUGCGUGGACAUUAUUUUCUGGUACAUCCGGGUGCUGGACAUCUUCGGGGUCAAUAAGUACCUCGGGCCUUACGUCAUGAUGAUCGGCAAAAUGAUGAUUGACAUGUUGUACUUCGUGGUCAUCAUGUUGGUGGUCCUGAUGAGCUUCGGCGUGGCCCGACAGGCCAUCCUGCACCCAGACGAGGAGCCCACGUGGCGCCUGGCCCGGAACAUCUUCUACAUGCCGUACUGGAUGAUCUACGGAGAGGUGUUUGCAGACUCCAUAGACCUCUACGCCAUGGAGAUCAACCCUCCCUGCGGAGACAAUCUGUACGACGAGGACGGGAAGAAGCUCCCGCCCUGCAUCCCCGGCGCCUGGCUGACCCCCGCCAUCAUGGCCUGCUACCUGCUGGUGGCCAACAUCCUGCUGGUCAACCUGCUGAUCGCCGUCUUCAACAACACCUUCUUCGAAGUCAAGUCCAUCUCCAACCAGGUGUGGAAGUUCCAGCGGUACCAGCUCAUCAUGACGUUCCACGACCGGCCCAUCCUGCCGCCGCCGCUCAUCAUCUUCCCGCACAUCUACAUCAUCCUGCGCCGACUCUGCUGCCGCUGCCAGAGGAAGCAGGAGGGCGACCAGGACGACCGGCAGAGACGACUGCAGCUGCUGCUGAGUGCUGAGGAGCUCAAGAGCCUGCAUGAGUUUGAGGAACAGUGUGUGGAAGAAUAUUUCCGGGAGAAAGACGACGAGAAGCAGUCGUCCAACAACGAGAGGAUCCGAGUGACAUCAGAGAGGGUGGAGAACAUGUUCAUGCGUCUGGAGGAGGUGAACGAGCGAGAGCACUCCAUGAAGGCCUCCCUGCAGACGGUGGACCUGCGUCUGGCUCAGCUGGAGGAGUUCUCCGGUCGCAUGAUGAACGCUCUGGAGAAGCUGGCGGGGAUCGACCGCUCCGAGCUGAGCCGCUCCCGCGUCUCCUCCGUCUGCGAGCCCGGCGCUCUCCUCCGCCACGGCAGCAUCAACAGCUCGGACGGCUACAGCAUGUAUCGCUACCAGCUGGACCACGAGGAGCGGGCGUCCGUGUCUGGGGAGGCAGACGCCGACAAGAAGCUGCAGCCGAGUCCAGAGAAGCAGGCAGCUGACACUGAGACCGGCGACACCGGCCCGCAGGAGUUUGGCUCGACCCUGGACGUCAGGGAGCGGAAGGAGCGAGCCCAGUCCCUGUCCAACGUUGGCAUUCUGAUCUCCCCGUGUGACUCGGACCUGCGGCCCGCUCUCAGCAGGCCGGGCUCCUCUGAGUCAAUACCCUUCGAGAAAACCAAGCUGGAGGCCACGGCGUCUUUUCCUCUGAUCAGGUCCAAAGUCACGCAGCACCCGGGCUCACCGUCAUCCUGCCGGCGGUCCAAGAGCAUCCUGGUGCGCAGCACCAGCCCGUCACCGGACAGAGGCCGUGAGGUGGCCUCCGGUGAGGGGGCGGCAAUGGACAGUAUCCAUGGCGACAAGAAGGAGGAGGACGAGGAGGAGGAGGAGGAGGACAGAACGUAUCCGACCCUCCGCUCCAAAAGUCUCAGCGCCAAACCCGUGAAGCCCCGUCAGUCAGAACCAUCUCGGUCAGGAGGCAGCGUCACUGAUCUGGUCUCAGUCUUCAGCACCCGGGGGGAGGGGCGGAGUGGACCCCGGACCGGACCUGUCUAAGUUCGGACACAUCAGACGGAAGAGCUGCAGAAGCUUUCAGCAGAGUGGGACCGGACCUCUUCGCUGGACUGUUUCUGGCUUCACGUCCUGAUUUUGUUCCUUGUAAAUUCACACCCUACUUUUGUACUUGAAUGGUGACGCACGAUGAUAAACAGAGGACUUUUCAUUUACAAUAAAUAAUUGUAAUAACAUGUCUCUCUAGUUUAAACACAACUAUUUUUUUAAAUUGUUUUAAAUUUUGUUUCUUUGGUCUUACUGGCCAUCUUCCUGAGUCAGGAGGACUGAAGUAGCGCGAUGUUUCCCGUGAAUUCUCUCCGUGAGGAUCAGACUGGCUGUGUGCGGUGCUGUCAGGGGGUGUUGGAUGUGAAAGGGAAUUGAGCUACCUCUUCAAU